CUUUUCUUUCUUUCUCUAAGCCCUCUCCUCUCUUUCUCUCCCAUGGUUCCACUCUCUCACCAUGCCUGCUCUGUCCAAUUUCUCCAGCCGGUGGAUUGGACGUCGUCAGUUUCAAAUCUCUCCCCGGGACAACUCUGAUCACGGAGGCGGCGACAACAUCAACGAAGACACCCCAAUUCCCAACGCCAUAGAAUGCUACGCUUGCACUCAAGUGGGACUCCCGAUUUUCCACUCCACCAGCUGUGACCAAGCUCACCCGCCCCAAUGGGAAGCCUGCGCCGGCACUUCCCUCGUUCCGAUACACGCCAGAACUUGCCCAAAGAAGAACUCGGUUCAAACCUCCGCUCGGCAACCAACUCGUCCGUCGUUUGGCGGACGGAGACGGGUGCUCGACCCGAGGAGCAAGCGGGUACAGAAAUGGAACCGGGCAUUUCUGCUGGCUCGUGCAAUGGCCUUAGCCAUUGACCCUCUAUUCUUUUAUGCCUUGUCAAUAGGCAGAGAUGGGUCGGCUUGUUUGUAUAUGGACGGUGGGCUUGCCGUCAUCGUUACCGUCCUCCGGACGUGUGUGGAUGCCGUGCAUCUGUUCCACGUAUGGCUUCAGUUCAGGUUGGCUUACGUGUCGAGGGAGUCCCUCGUCGUCGGAUGUGGGAAACUGGUCUGGAACCCACGUGCCAUUGCUUCUCAUUAUGUUCGUUCCGUUAAAGGUUUCUGGUUUGAUGCCUUUGUAAUUCUCCCAGUUCCUCAGGCAGUGUUCUGGUUGGUUGUACCAAAACUAAUCGAGGAAGAACAAAUCAGGGAUAUAGCCACUAUACUGAUAUUGAUCUUCUUGUUCCAAUUCCUGCCAAAGGUUUACCAUAGCAUUUCCUUGAUGAGAAGGAUGCAAAAGGUCACUGGAUAUAUCUUUGGCACCAUCUGGUGGGGUUUUGGCCUUAAUCUCAUUGCCUACUUCAUUGCUUCUCAUGUUGCCGGAGGGUGCUGGUACGUCCUUACAAUGCAGCGGAUAGCGUUGUGUCUCCGGCAGCAAUGUGCGAGAAAUGAGCAGUGCGGGAAACUAUCUUUGUCUUGUGGUGCUGGUGACUCUUCAAAAGUCACUGGAAGGCCUUUGUGCUUCGACGUCAAAGGACCAUUCGGUUAUGGGAUUUAUCAGUGGGCUCUUCCUGUUGUUUCUAGCAACUCGGUUGCUGUCAAGAUCCUUUAUCCCAUAUUUUGGGGCUUAAUGACUCUCAGCACCUUUGGAAAUAUUCUGGAGCCGACAAGUCACUGGCUAGAAGUGGUUUUCUGUAUAUGCUUAGUGCUGGCUGGUUUGAUGCUCUUCACUUUGCUCAUCGGAAACAUCCAGGUUUUCUUGCUUGCUGUAAUGGCGAAGAAGAGACAAAUGCAGCUGAGAUGUCGAGAUAUGGAAUGGUGGAUGAAGCGUCGGCAGUUGCCGUCUCGAUUGAGACAAAGAGUUCGGCGUUUUGAACGACAGCGAUGGGCGACUUUGGGGGGAGAAGAUGAGAUGGAAUUGAUCAAAGACUUGCCCGAGGGCCUCCGGAGGGACAUCAAACGUUAUCUUUGUCUUGACCUCAUCAAAAAGGUUCCUUUGUUCCACAAUUUGGAUGAUCUUAUUCUUGAUAACAUAUGCGACCGAGUUAAGCCGCUUGUCUUCUCUAAAGAUGAAAAGCUAUUUAGAGAAGGAGAUCCAGUGCAAAGAAUGGUGUUCGUAGUUCACGGACGCAUUCAACGUACCCAAAGCCUGAGCAAAGGCAUGAUUGCCACAAGUAUCAUCAAACCAGGUGGCUUUUUAGGUGAUGAGCUGCUCUCAUGGUGUCUUCGCCGACCAUUUAUCGACCGUCUUCCAGUCUCGUCCGCAACAUUCGUUAGCGUGGAAUCGGUCGAAGCAUUUGGUCUUGAUUCAGACCAUCUCAGAUACAUCACAUAUCAUUUCAGGUACAAAUUUGCUAACGAAAGGCUUAACAGAACUGCGAGAUACUAUUCAUCGAAUUGGCAAACAUGGGCUGCUGUGAAUAUACAACUCGCCUGGAGGCGUUACCGGAUGAGGGAUAGAGGUCCGAUGAUUUCCGCUGCGGAGCACAGAAGCAGCAGUGACCACCGGUUGCUGCAAUAUGCUGCUAUGUUCAUGUCAAUCAAUUUACAUGAUCAUCUAGAAUAAAA